GAGACCCUGUGGCUGCCAUGGCCGCCUCCCCCUCCCCGCAGCCUCCCUUAAAUACUAUGGGGCCGUAGCCGCGACGGGCGCCGCUGCCGAGCGCACCAUGCGGGCUGUCAUCGCCUUGGCCGCGGCGCUGGGCAGCCUGCUGCUGGGAGGCUGCCUCCUGCGCUUGGGCGGCCAGCAGCCCCUCCGCGCCAGGGGCUGGGAGGAGGACGCAGGAAUAGCGGCUGUCACGCCUAAAGUGGUGCGAGCCCUCAGGUCACCCCUGACGCCCCUUCCUCCGACCGAGAACAGGUACGGGCUAGACGCUCGCAGAACAACUCAUAAUAAAAAUGGAAUUUACCAGUUUGAACAGGCUUCAAAAUGUAAGGCAAUUCAGGACAACAUUUUGUCAUCAUCUAUCAAGAAGAAAAGAUACUCAGAAGAUUAUUAUCUUCACAUAGUCACAAAACUGCAGAACUGCACCUGGGUAAGGAAACCAGAAGAAUCUACAAAAUUCAGGUCAGAAUUAGCUUCCUGCUGUGAUGCAGUUCACAAUUUUAUUGCUUCUCAAAACAACAGCCCACUGGGAAGUAACAUGAGUUAUGAAGUGGACAGUAAAAAGACUAUCCUCAUUACAGAGGACAUUUUUAAGAUGCUACCUGUGUCCUCUCCUCUUUCAGUCUAUCCCUUCAAGAACUGUGCUGUGGUUGGAAAUGGAGGCAUUCUGAAAAAUUCCAGCUGUGGAGCUGAAAUUGAUAGUUCUGACUUUGUGUUCAGGUGUAACCUCCCUCCAACCACAGGAAACAUUAGCAAAGAUGUUGGCAAUAAAACAAACCUUGUGACUGUUAAUCCGAGUAUCAUAGCUCAGAAAUACAACAAGCUGAAUGAAAAGAAGACAGAAUUUCUGGAAAACAUUGCGGUCUAUGGAGAUGCUUUUCUUUUACUGCCGGCAUUUUCCUUCAGAAGCAACACAGCCACUUCUUUUAAAGUAUACCACACUCUGAAAGAGUCCAAAGCAACCCAAAGGGCAAUAUUUUUUCACCCCACUUAUUUGAAAAGUCUUGCCCAGUUCUGGAGAACUAAGGGUGUGAAGGCCUACCGGUUGUCAUCUGGUUUUAUGAUCACUAGUGCUGCUCUUGAGCUGUGUGAGAAUGUGAAGCUCUAUGGCUUCUGGCCUUUCUCAAAAUCCAUGGAGAAGAUGCCAAUCAGCCACCACUAUUAUGACAACCAGCUGCCUAAGCCAGGUUUCCAUGCAAUGCCCAAAGAGUACAACCAGAUCCUUGAGCUUCAUGGCAAAGGCAUUUUGAAGUUGCAGUUUGGUAAAUGUGAAUCGGACUAAAAAGGGUGAUGAUCCUAAGGAGACAAUUUGUGUAUAUCUCAGCAGUUCGGUGUUGGAUUUGAUCUGAUGUGAUUUUGUGAGCAUUAACUGCAUAUAAUACAGUUCUACAAUAAUGCUACAAUAGAGAAAUAUUUUACACUUGGAGAGAAAAGGGAGUGAUUUUUUUCACACAGUGACUGCUACAUUUAAAAAUUUUGAGUGAUCGUUUUUUAAAAUACAAAGUAACAAUUAUCUGAAAAAUUCUGAAACUCCUUACUGCUGGCUUAAUGGUAGCAAAGCACAAUCUCAGGAUGGUGGCAAUAUGUGGCAUUCAUCAUGUUUUGCUUCUAGAGGAUCAUUAAAAUAUUUUGACAUAAGAUCUCUGGUUUUGUUGAUAUCACAUAGUAUAGGCAAUAGUCUCUGUAUGGUGGCUGCAUGAGUUGGCAGUGAACAUUUUCAAUUAAGAACUUCAUCCUGUAAAUACUGGCAUUUUUCUACAUGACAGAAGUGAUGAAAAGAGCUGCAGAGGAGUAAUUAAUUCAGAGCCAUGUCAUUCUUAGUUUGUCCCAGGGUGCACAGAUGAGAAAAUCCCUCAGGUCAGAGGUAGUUAAGUGGUUUAUGGGCUUUCAUUCUGUGGGCAGUAAGUAGUGCUGUGGAUUUAAUGGGCUUUCAUUUUGUGAGCAAUAGAUGAUGCUGUGGAUUUAAUGGGAUCACUCAUAUGAGUUUUGUUAAUUCUGAGAACAAGUAUAUGAAGGACCAGAGCUUUAUAAUUAUUUAUAACCACUCUACUUGCUUGUGUUCCAGUCUAAGGUCCAGUUAAGCUCCAAAUGAGGACUGUGAAACUGGUUCCACACUAAAAUUCCUGGGGUCCUGGUAGGGCAUGAC